UGAAGGAACUCACACAUCCCUCUGCUUUCUUCUCUGUUUUCCUUUCUUCUAUCUUCUUCUUUCUCUCUCUCUCUCUCUCUCUCUCUCUCUCUCUCUCUCUCUAAAUCCUCUGUGAGAACGCGCAGCAAUGGCUGCUGAAGUUAGCUCUCUGAUUCGGGUCAUGGGUGGUGGCUACAAAGAGGAGCAACAUCGAACCGUCGGGAACGAAUCACACGGUGAGAAAUCAACGGCUCUGAUUACCCGCGACCUUCUUGGUGGGUCCUCAAUUGAAUCCCAGGAAUUGGACCUCGAUUUGCAGGUUCCUUCUGGCUGGGAAAAACGCCUUGACCUUCAGUCAGGGAAAGUGUAUCUUCAGAAGUGCAACACCACCACAAUAGGGUCUCCACCAGUAUCUGAUCACAAACUCAAUGCAAAGGCAGCAGGGCCAAAGCUUCAGGACCUAAAUUUCCCAUCUUCAUCUUCAUCAUCCAAUGUGCUAUUGAACCUCUUUGAUGAAUCAAGCUUGGACUUGAAACUUGUUUCAUCCUCAUUGCCCUCAAGCAACUAUCAAAGUGUGUGCACCCUUGACAAGGUUAAGUCUGCACUGGAGAGGGCAGAGAAAGAGCCUAUUAUCAAGAAACGUACUUCAUUUUUGAAGCCAACACUCUCAGCAUCAUCACCCUCUUAUUCUUCAUCCUCUUCUUCAAUCAGGGAAAACACUCAAGAGGAAGAGAGUGAAGAGAAGCUGGCUUCUUCUCCAAUGGCUGCAGGGUGCCCUGGUUGUCUAUCAUAUGUGAUGAUCAUGAAGAACAAUCCUAAGUGUCCUAGGUGCAACUCUCUUGUUCCUAUUCCAUCCAUGAAAAAACCUAGGAUUGAUCUCAAUAUAUCAAUUUAAGUGCCUGGUUUAGGGUAAUUGGUGGAAUUGUCUCCAUUUUCAGUAUAAUUUGUUAUUUUUUUCAAGGGUUUUGUAAAUGGAAUGAUAGAUGAUGAUAAAUUUAGGUUCUUUUAAGGAUAGGAUUAUUUGUUUAGUGAUAUUGGCCAGGGGUUAUUAUUGUAAAUGGAAAAGGUCAUGCUGUCUUACUAGGAAUGUUAAUAGAAAAUUCUCCAAUUUCUGACA